AUGGGGUGCACAAGUUAAAAAGGUUUCCUCAAAAAGAGGGAUUUCGAUGAGUCUGCUUAAAAAUUAGAUUAUAAAGAUCAACCGUUCCAAGGAAUGAUAGCCUUUAAAUGUUUAAAGUAAAAACACAUGGUUCAUAAUCUGGGAUAAUUAUAAAGUAUCAAACAAUUAUAAUUGUUCAAGAAACCUGUUCUCCAAAUCAUCCAUGUAAUCAAGAAGAAGCAAUAGAGUAGAUUUGA